AUGCUGUUCGUCUACCUUCUCAUUUUCGUCCUCUGCACCGGCGGGCUCAGCGCCGAAAAUACGACUCUUUCCACAGACGUGUGCCCAAAAGAUAGCGACGCGUGUAAAGGUUGUACGGGCUCGUGGGUAGCCUGUCCCGGGAAAGACGGUGCCCCGAUUUGCUCCAAGAAGUACAAUCAGGUCGAUCCCAAGGGGUCGGUUUGUCAAUACAAAGGAUGUCCAGUGGGCGAAGGCCAGAUUCUUCUGGGGAUGGGUCUCCUUUGCGUCCCGUUCAAACAUUUCGUGAAUGGCACUCUCCCGGGGUCCUAUCUAUGGGAAGGUUGCCAACAGCAAAUGCAGAUCAACUGCGGUACCUGGACUCCGAUUGCUUCCAUGACACUUUCUGAUGAGCUACAACGACAGCCUGGGUGGUUGUAUCAUGGAAGGCUGCGAGCCGGCCAUGCACAGUUGCAAAACGGCAAACGGGAC